CCGACUUUGAUAGAAAGCAUUCCCACUUCCAGUCAUUCGGGUUAGUCGGACUUGUAUCCAUCAGGAAGCUCCCAACUCCCGUCCAACUUACGAAAACUUCGUCAAACCUUUCAUUCACAUUGGUCAGAAAACCAAGAAAAAGUCGUUUCCAUUGAGAACAAAAAGACGGCAGACAAAUCAACAACAUGGUCUCCGUCUCGGUAGUCGGACGAACUGACCUUGAUCAGUAUUUACUACCCAUAAGGGCGAUUGCUGAAGAACCACAAUUUCGAACAACACAAAAAGCCCUUGAGUACGAAUUCCAACAGCAGGAAUAUGCGAGAGACCGAACAGCAUGGAUCAGUCGUAAUAUCCUACCUCAGGAAAAUGUGCUUGAAAACCAGGCCGCUCUGGAAUACCUGAUGGAUAUAACGGACAUGGAAAAGCUUUAUUCGAACAUUUCCGCCAUCACAGCAAACCGAGCUUUUGAGCUGUCUAUGAAGGGCAUGGAAGCAGAAUAUUCGGUUCAUGAUAUGUGUGAAGAAGUCGACAUCAACUGGGAUAACAUACAAAAGUAUGCAGGAAUAGCGAAUGUUCACCUAAAACAUGCGGCCGAUUAUCAUCGGUUCUACUAUCGAACGAAGCAGUUGAACGUUAAAAUUCAACAGACCCGUGAAGAGGUGUACAACGUAUUUCGUAUGCAAAACUGGGAACAUUGUGAUGGAGUUCCCAGUGAGGCCUCUAGAUUGAAAAAUAUUCUCAAGAAAUCCUUGGAUGAAUUUGAAUAUUAUGCGCGCGAGGCAGAGAGUCUAGCAGCCCAAGCACAUACGAUUGUGCCAAUUUAUAUGCGCAGUCAACCUCUGCUGACAGAAGUCGAAGGUGUGAUGCUGUGUGACUAUGACGUGGGCGAAUUCAGUUUUCUCACUGGUGACCGUGUUGUGAUUAUGAGUAAUGUAGAACAACCCAGCGUACAAAACCUUCAGGUCUCAUCUUGCUCAUCCGAUCUACAGAGGACCAUCAACAGCGAAGAAGAAGCUGGAGGAGAAGUACGGGAAGACCACAAACAUGAAGGAGGACCAAACUCCCUAGAAAACUCGACAGAAACAAUUGAAAUUCUUGAUGUUCAAGACGGUCCAUUCCCAUACUUUCAUAGAUAUCAAAUGUUAGAUACUCCUAGUCUGCAGUCGGGUACAAACGGAAGCGCACUCACUGUCAGCCCAUUCUGGCGCAUUCGCGGCAUUAAUAACACGGUGGAAGCUCUGGUGCCUGCUGUUUGUGUAUGGAUAACGACACCCGAUACGGACUCAACGGUGACAGCCGCCAGGUUGAAGGAAGAACUCUUAAUCAAAUGGAGCAGUGCAAUCGAUGAACUAUUGCAAGUUGUUUGCGAUUUCAUCAAGCAAUUUCUCAUCCGGAUCAUCGAUAAAGGGGAGAUAAGAGUCACAGAUGGAGUUUCCUUAACUCGGCUUUUCAACUUACUCGAAGACUCGUAUGACGUGUUUGAUCGGGGGGAAUUCAACGAAGAGAUCACUAGUUUGUUAACAACCGCCCGCGCCCUCUGGAGACCUGCAUUUCUGGAUGAGCUGGAUGAUGCGCCAUUUGCUUUGCGACGAAGUGAGAUUGCCCAUUACAUCAGCAUUAUAGAGACCCUACAGGCACAUAUGCGUAGCUUAACAGCAAUAUAUCCCAGAUUUACAACCGAGGUGGACAGCGACUGGAUGGAAAACCGAGUGAUCCUAGAAACACGCCGUCUUGUUUUGGCCAUCAAUACCAUCCAUGAGCUGGCCAAUACAGAUCUCUAUCGAGUACGCCAUAUACACGAAGAGUUACACAAACUCAGAAUGGCUCAUUGGGAAUACGUUCAACCUACAGCGUCUACCACCACAGAAACGGAUGUUUUGGAAACCACGCCUUCGUCCACCGUCGACUCCAGCUUAAGAGAUACGGAAAUUAGCAGUACAGCAUCGGAGAAACGGGAGUAUUUAUAUCAAAGGCAUCUUCUCAUGAAAGAAACUUCCAUUCAACAAUCAGAGUGGGAGAAGAGGGAAUAUCUGAGGAAACGCCUACGAAGGAACCAGGUCGAUAUACAGAAGGUGAUGGAUAUCACUGAGGCAUUGAAGUCACCAAGAGAACGAAUAUACAGAACAACAAAAAACAUCGAAAUGGAUGAAAGGACGCAAAGGUACACCGUGGUAUAUUUGGAAGUGAACCCCACAGAAGAACCGGAAAAAUUAGAUGCCGCCACCGAAGUAAAAGCAGAAACCACAAUACCCACCGCCAUAGUUGAGAAAGAAACACCACAGAGAAAAACAAAAACAACAGCAGUACAAGCAGCAACACAGAAAACGAUAACCCUGCAGAAGCCAGAUUCAAAGCCCGAAGAAAAACAAACCGCCCACAAAAACGUCGCAACGGAAGAAAAACAAACCAAAGACACCGGCACAAUGCAUCAAACCAAACGAAAGGAAACAACCAAUCAAACACAAACUGACACAUAUAUAGAACCCGACAUCAAGCAAUCAGAAAAAAUGGAAUACACUCCAAAAAUUCAAGAAGCAACAUCACAAAAGAUGACACCAAGCGCCAUACAAACAAAAGCAACCGGAUUAAGCAUGAAACAAAUCACAAUUUGUUACGAAAACCAAACAAUACCAACAUUAACGAUUGAACAAAAAACCACAAAAUAUAUCCCAUCGAUGUGCAGCGCAAGCGCAUUCUACGCCGAGUCCAAACACAUCGCACACGCCGCCACGCAACAUCUGAUAACAGCACAGCAACCACCAAUAUUGCAAAUACACAGGGAACCUACGAAGAGAGCUGCACUCGGGCCAAAGGUGCAAAUACAAACCGAAACACUCACACAAACGACACCGCAUAUAAUAACGGCAAGCGCAUUUACGCCGAGACCAAACACAUCGCACACGCCGCCCCGCAACAUCUGAUAACAGCACAGCAACCACCAAUAUCGGAAAUACACAGGGAACCUACGAAGAGAGCUGCACUCGGGCCAAAGGUGCAAAUACAAACCGAA